CGUGACUCGCACGUGUGGGAACGUGUGCCCCUCCAUCCGUGCCUUCCUCACCGUGGAGCGCGUCGGAGCACGGGAGGCGACCGUGACCGAGCCAGCGCCGGCGACUCUUCUCUCUCCUCCCUCCUCCCUCUUCCCUCCGCUGUGCAGGCGCACCACCAUCCAUUGCAGCCGCCGUUUCUGCAUCAGGCUUGGGAGUGUAGAGAAGAACUGCCCGCGGCGGAGGGGAGAGAAGCCGGCAGCGCCCAGCGAAGUCGCCCCGCGCCCUUCUCUGCGUCGGCUACUGCUCGUACCCGACCCUCGGCAUCGUCGGCGUCCAGAUCUGGGCUUCCUUUACCAAAGGUUGAGGGGGGCUGAGGUGCAAGGCUGGUUGACAGGAGGAGGGGAGAGAAGAACCGUGGAAGAUGAUACUGCUCCAGUCCCCAUCGAGGUUCCUGCUCCAGAUCCUGCAAGACCGUGUUCUCAGUGGCGAGAAGGGUAUGGACAUCGACUGUCACACAGUAGAGUUUGACGAUGUCCGGUAUCAUAUUCAGUUUUCUAUGAGGAAUCCAAAGGCAAUGGUGUUGUCAGUUGCUUUGCCUCUGCCACCUCCUGAAGCGAUUCUGUAUGAUGGGCUUCCACUUGGUGCCAUUGAAGCUAUAAAAGCAGCUUAUGGGCCAGUUGUGCAGAUUCUUGAUCCUCCAAAGGAUGGGUUUGAUCUCACGAUGAAGAUAAAUUUGACAAAACUUCCACCAGAUGAAGAGCAAAGGAAUGCUAUCUUGACACAAAUUGCAUCUAUUAGAGAGGUUGUGCUGGGUGCACCACUGAAGCUCCUGCUGAAACAUUUAGCCUCAAGGACAGUUGCACCUAAUGUUGACAAGCUUGUUGCUCUUGUUCACCGUCCUAAUGAAUCUUUUUUCCUUGCUCCCCAGGCAGAUAAAGUUACUAUCAUGUACCCAAUGAGAUUCCAGGACUCCAUUGAUAUUGUUUUGGCAACUUCCUUCCUGCAGGAAUUUGUGGAGGCAAGACGAACGGCUGCACUUAAUAAUGUUCCUUCUUGUAUGUGGUCUCCGGCACCACCUCAUGAGUUAAAAGGAGUAUCUGCUGAUGCACUGAAUGCAAAUGCUGGCUUUGUUACUUUCGUUGUUUACCCUCGGCAUGUUGAGGGUAAAAAGCUAGAUAGAACAGUUUGGAAUUUGUUGACAUUUCAUGCUUAUGUAAGCUAUCAUGUAAAGUGUUCUGAAGGAUUCAUGCAUACCAGGAUGAGGCGCAGGGUUGAGUCGCUGAUCCAGGCGUUGGACCGAGCGAAGUCGGAUGCAGAGAAAUUGAAGAAGUUGGUACAUGGUGGAUCUUUCCAAAGACUGAGCCUGAAGAAUGAGGGCGACUCACGUUCCUGAAGGGAAUUGCAAAUGAUGUUGUUCAACUGUACCCGAUGGAUACUCUCCGUGCUAUUUGGUUAAUGAAUUCUGUUGUGGGAAGCUUACUUCCGUUCAGUUUUGGGAGCAAAGGCUCGGAACCGGAACCGGUUAAAUCCAUGGCAUGGAAAUUUAGUGUAAAUUCGCAUUGCUUUUAGUAUUUUACAUAUUUAUUACUAGCCAGAAAUCCUUAUCAGUUCCAUGAUCCCAUCUUCUCCUGCACGAACCAGCCGGACAAGUCUUUCCCAGGCUCUGCGUUGCCUGCCUCUUGGUGCAAGUAGUAGGUAUCGGUGUGCUGGGGAAGUUUUUGCCCUAUCUUUUCACGUGUUUUUUUUUUUCAUGUUUCAUUCAUGAGGUGUCUGAGUCUGAUCUUCCUUUUAACAUUAAAUAAAUGUGGUUCUUGUUGAAUCACAUGAUGUAGUUGA